GAUCUACGGAGCAAUAAUAACCGAUUUGGUGGUGCAAUGAUUUUAUUAGCAGGAGAUUUUCGUCAAACAUUGCCAGUGAUUCCACGAUCAACGCCAGCUGAUGAACUCAAUGCAUGUCUAAAGUCCUCCAAUUUGUGGAAACAUGUCAAAGUACUUCAUUUAAGCAAUAAUAUGCGUGUCGAGUUGCAAAAUGACCAAUCUGGAAACAUAUUCUCUAAACAACUCAUUGACAUUGGUAAUGGCAAAUUUCCUAUAGACAUGUUGACUGGCUGCAUUAACUUUCCUCAAAGUUUUUGUCAGUUAACUCGAUCAAAAGAUGAACUUAUUCAGAAGGUGUUUCCAGAUGUUUCUCAAAAUUACAGAAACCAUGAUUGGUUGAGCGAACGAGCUAUACUGGCUGCAAAAAACAUAGAUGUAAAUGAAUUAAAUUUCAAAAUUCAAGAACAAAUUACAGGCGAAUUGAGGAUAUAUAAAUCAGUUGAUUCGGCUACUAAUCAAGAUGAUGUAGUCAACUAUCCACCGGAAUUUUUAAACUCGCUGGAUUUGCCAGGAUUGCCACCUCACAAUCUUCAAUUAAAGGUUGGAUCGGUGGUGAUAAUGUUGCGAAAUAUCAACCAACCGCGUCUUUGCAACGGUACACGGUUAGCGAUAAAAAAUUUACUAAACAAUGUGAUAGAAGCAACUAUACUCAAAGGAAAGUAUAAAGGAGAGGAUGUUCUCAUACCGCGCAUCCCAAUGAUUCCGACUGAUGUGCCAUUUGAGUUUAAACGACUACAGUUUCCAGUGCGGCUUGCUUUUGCUAUGACUAUAAACAAGUCCCAGGGGCAAUCAUUAAGUGUUUGUGGUAUUAAUCUAGAAAACCCAUGUUUCUCACAUGGUCAAUUGUAUGUUGCCUGUUCCCGUGUUGGAAAACCAUCAGAUUUGUUUAUCUAUGCGCCAGGUAAUCAAACAAAAAACAUCGUAUACCACAAAGCACUACAAUGAUAAUAAUAAUAAUUAUGAUUCACAUGAUUAACAAUAAAGCGAUUACUUA